UUUGUGGUCUAAUAAAUAGGCUCCUAAGUGUAGUGUUCACGUUAUUUUGGAAAUACUCUACUGCUUUCAUAAAAAAAACGCAAGCAAACAGGGGAAAGUGGUUUUGUGUUAGUGUCUGUGUAAUAUAAUGUGAUUCUCUAGAAACUACAAUUACCACAGUGCACUGGGCUGUGCAGGGACUGACCUUUAAAACGUACAUGAGAGUGAAAGGGAAUUCUCCUGCUGGCAGGAUCAGGGAGAGUCGACUGAAUGUAUCGUAAGUAGUGUGUUCUGCAAGAUCAGCGGGCCAAGCUAUUGCACUGGCAGAUGUGACAAAACCAAUUUAAGGUUAUGAGGAAGGAUAGUGGUGCCGAUAAUUUCCUGUCCUUCGUGAGAAAGCAUCUAAGUGAAGGGCGUCUGUAGUUUGGAAUGACCAUGGCUUGAUAUGAGACUUUGUCCCCUACGGUGCACAUUGAUUCAGAAGUAAGCAAGAUGUCGCAGUGCCAGGCAGCCAUUUCCACUGAUGCCUUAUCUUUACCAGAAAGUCAAGAUUCUCAGAGGUCUGCUAGUCCUGCCCCCACACUUAUCCAAGGCACCGAACCAGGGGCUAGUCAGGAUGAAGCAAUGUUUGUCCAUGCUCAGUCCUAUGAGGAUCUCACUGGAGAAGGGGAAGACUCUGUCCCUGGGAGCCCAGGUGUGGAGGGUGCAGUGGAGCCCAGUAGCAUGGAGCAAAUAAGCGAGGACUUCAGCAAACUCAGCACCAAAUUAAGUUCUUCAGAUCAGGAGACACCGAAUGAAGUAGUCAGCACUGAUUUGGGCCGGAGGGAAUCUAUUCGCUCCAUAGGCCAAGAAGAAGAUGAAGAGGGUGAAUUUAAGGCUCUGGAUGCCUGGUACAAACAUCAGAAGCAUGUAUUUGUGCUGAGUGAGGCAGGAAAGCCAAUAUACUCUCGCUAUCGUUCAGAGGAAGCCCUCUCCAGCAUUGCAGGUGUCAUGAUGGCUCUUGUGUCCUUUAUAGAGACGGAGAAGAAUGCAAUCCGGUCCAUACAUGCAGAUGCAUACAAGGUGGUGUUUGUGCGUCGUGCCCCCCUUGUCUUGGUUUCUGUGUCUCACACUCGGCAGUCAGAACAGGAGAUUGCCCAGGAACUUCUCUAUGUUUACUACCAGAUACUCAGCCUUCUGACAGGAACUCAGCUUCACCAUCUUUUUCAGCAGAGACCCAGUUAUGAUUUACGCCGUCUUCUCUCAGGAUCUGAACGUAUAACAGACAGCCUACUAGACUUAAUGGACAUUGACCCAAGCUUUCUUCUCGGAGCAGUACGCUGCCUGCCUCUUGUAUCAGGAGCAAGAGAUGCUUCUAGUUAUUGCCUCCAGCAUGCUAAGGCCAAAAGCUUAGUAUUCUCGAUUCUGAUGUCCAGGAAUCAACUCAUUAGUUUAGUUAGAAGGAAAGAGCAUUAUCUCCAUCAUAUUGACCUUCACUUGCUGUUCAACCUUGUCACCUCCUCCAGUUCAUUUAAAGAAGGAGAAGCAUGGACUCCAGUUUGUCUGCCCAAAUUCAAUCCUUCUGGAUUCUUCCAUGCCCAUAUCUCCUAUUUAAGCCAAGAUCCUGAACUCUGCCUGCUGCUGAUCUCCAUUGACCGAGAGGACUUCUUUACAGUAUCUGACUGCAAAAGGAGGAUUGUUGAGCGGAUGGAGAAGCGAGGCUGUUGGGGCUCAUUGCAAGAGGCUUUAAGAAGUCCAUUUUACUCUGUUGCCCAGGUUGAUGUACCAGAGCUUCGUCACUUUCUUUACAAAUCAAAAAGUUCUGGUCUCUUCACGUGUCCAGCAAUGGAUGUUCCCUAUGACACAGAUGAAGAAAGAAGGCGACUGCUGGCUCUCUAUCAGUACCUUCACAGCAAAGCCCACUGCAGUUCCCAUCAUCUUACUACCAUAUACCACAUGGGACCCCAUGAGAACAUACUGACUUGGGUGACCGAUGCAUUUGAACUCUACGUUUGUUUCAGCCCUUUGGCAACCAAAUCCACAGCGACCAAUGGCGUCUCUCGCCUCUUGCGCUGGAUUCGUAAAGAGGAGGAUCGGCUUUUUAUUCUGAGUUCCCCUACCUACUGAUACCGCUUUUUGCAAAUGCUCUUUUUUUUUUUCAACUACCCUGAAUGAAAGAGGGAAAAAAAAGUUUUGCUGUCUAGUCCAAAAGGGGGUAAGAGGUUAAGCGUUCAAUUAAAAAACAUACAUUCCUUCACACGGUGCUGAAGCUUAGGGUUACCAGAACAUUUGAUAAUUCAGGGACACGUGUAAUAAAUUCAUGUUACAUGGCUGCACUUAGAGCAGUCCUUGAAGCUGGAUAUUCUAGACAUGUCUAAAUGUUUAAGUGAUCUGGUGACCCUAAUUAAGAUGGUCAGGGAACCAUUUAAACUUACUUCACUGGGGAGACAACCAUCUGUCCAGGGAUAUGUAAAGUUUGGCACUACAAAGCUGUUGUACAACUACAGCUCCCAUUGCCCAAAUUGUAGUUCAAUGAGAGCUGAAAGCUGCCUCUCCCUUCUUCUACCUCACCGAGAGAAACACCCAGAUAUUAUAGUUGGUUCCUGCCAGAAUGAAAUUGAAUCCAUGCCUCUAACUGGUUUAUUGUCUGGCCUUCUUGCUUUUGGAAAUAUAUAGCUGCUUCCUCCCAGCCUUAAUGCAUUCCCUGUCUAGCUGAGAAAAACAGACACAGCACUGGUGUCUCAUAUUGCAUUUCCUAAACUGGCAGGCUCUGGCAAAUCCAUGACAUGGAAUGGGUUGAGCCAAAACAGUAGCUGCUGAUUUUCCUCUGUGAAAUACAUUCCAGUAUCAUGUCCCUGUCCCGUUCCCUAGGGUAAGGUCACACUGAGAGAUUCGGCGAGAUUUAGUUGCCCGGUAACUAAUCGCCUCUUCUUUGGGGCGACUAAUCUCCCCUAACUGCUUCCCCCUGUCUUCCGCCUGCUAGAAUGAAAAAUUGACUGCGGCAUGGCAAUCGCGUUGCUUCGUUUUCCGAAGUUGCCCGAAAUUGCCUCACAAGGAAACUUCGGGCAACUUCGGAAAACGAAGCAGGCAGAAGACAGGGCUAAGCAGUUCGGGGAAAUUAGUCGCCCCAAAGAAGAGGUUAGUUGCCAGGCGAUUAAAUCUCCCCGAAUCUCCCAGUGUGACCUUACCCUUAGACAUGGGCUAAAACCUUCCAUGAGAAAACCAAAGAAAAGAAUGGCAUUUAAUGGUUUGUAUACAUCUCCAUGAUCAGCAUGUGUUAUAAGUAAAAAGUCCAGUAUUAAGAUGUUAAAUUAAAGCUCUGUUUUUCUUUUUAAA